ACUCGUACGGUCAACAUAACUAACUAGUCAUCCAAACUCAAUUCAGGUAAUGGCUUCAGGGACGCGACCACCUCUCUCAUGUCAUCAGCAUCACAAACUCGCCAUUCAUCAGCUAAGCACUUCGACUUACAACAGCAACCCCUUCCCUUCAUUGAUCAUUCCAAAAUCAUCCAUUUCUCUCCCAACAACACACGAAAGGAAACAUCCUUCAUACGCCAAAACACGCGAGGCUCGCGAGCCUCAUCUCCAACGCCUACACAAUCUCUGCGACUCUGGGAACCUAAAUGACGCCCUCAACUUGGUUAACUCUCAGUUCCAAAACGGCGUCGUUUCCUCUCCAGACAAUACAAAAGACGCUAUCGGGGUCUUACUACAAGCAUGUGGGCUCCACAAAGACAUCGAGGUUGGGCGAAAACUUCACGCUAUGGUCUCUGCGUCCCUUUGGUUCCAUAACGACGUCGUUCUCAACACCCGCAUUAUCUCCAUGUACUCCAUGUGUGGCUUCCCCUCCGAGUCUCGCUCUGUCUUCGACGCCGUCAAGCAAAAGAACCUGUUUCUUUACAACGCGCUUCUCAGCGGCUACGCCAGAAACGAGCUUUUCCGCGACGCGAUUUCGCUGUUCCUUCAACUGCUUUCCACGACGGAGCUCUUGCCGGAUAAUUUCACGUUGCCCUGCGUGAUCAAGGCGUGUUCGGGGCUCCUCGACGUGGAACUCGGGGAAACGAUUCACGCGCUCGCCUUGAAGCUUCGUGUUUUCUCGGACUCGUUUGUGGGAAACGCGUUGAUUGCCAUGUAUGGGAAAUGCGGGUUUGUGGAGAGUGCUGUUAAGGUGUUCGAAACUAUGCCGCAGAGAAACUUGGUCUCGUGGAACUCGUUGAUGUAUGUGUAUUCGGAGAACGCGGUUUUUGGAGGGUGUUAUGGUCUUUUUAUGGGGAUGUUGAAUGAAGGAGAAGGUUUAGUACCUGAUGCUGCUACAAUUGUGACAGUGAUUCCUGUGUGUGCUGCACAAGGGGAAGUGAAAUUGGGAAUGGCUCUUCAUUGUUUAGCUUUGAAAUUGGGCCUUAGUGAGGAAAUGAUGGUAAAGAAUUCCAUCGUGGAUAUGUAUUUGAAAUGCGGUUAUUUACCUGAGGCGCGGGUUUUGUUUGAUGGGAAUAGUGAGAAGAAUGUUGUUUCUUGGAAUACUGUGAUUGGGGGAUACGCUAAGGAAGGAGAUUGUCGUGGCGUGUUUGAGCUGCUGCGAGAGAUGCAGAGGGAACAGAAGGUGAAGGUGAAUGAGGUUACACUGUUAAAUGUUCUUCCAACUUGUUUUGAAGAGCUUCACCUUCUGAGAAUGAAGGAACUUCACAGUUAUUCUCUUAGGCAUGGAUUUCAGAAUGAUGUGUUGCUGGCCAAUGCUUUUGUUGCUGCGUAUGCGAAGUGUGGUUCACUGGAUUGUGCUGAGCGUGUUUUCCUUGGUAUGGAGGCCAAAACAGUGAGCUCUUGGAACGCACUCAUCAGUGCCCAUGUGCAAAAUGGUUUUCCCAGAAGGGCCUUGGACUUGUUCCUUGUGAUGACAGAUUCUGGCUUGGCUCCUGAUUGGUUUACAAUUGGUAGCCUUCUUUUGGCUUGUGCGCGCCUGAAAUUCAUAUGCUGUGGCAAAGAGAUUCAUGGUUUUAUGUUGCGUAAUGGCUUAGAAUUGGAUGAAUUUAUGGGGAUAUCAUUAUUGUCAUUUUAUAUUCAGUGUGACAAAAUAUUACCCGCGAAAUUAAUUUUUGAUAAGAUGGAAAACAAAAGUUUGGUGUGUUGGAAUACAAUGAUUACUGGCUUUUCACAGAAUGAACUUCCUCGUGAAACCCUUGAAACUUUUCGUCAAAUGCUUUCCUGUGGAGUUCAGCCUCAAGAUAUUGCCAUAAUGGGUAUUCUCGGGGCUUGUUCACAGGUGUCAGCAUUGCGGCUGGGGAAAGAAGUUCACGCCUUUGCACUUAGAGGUCAUCUCACUGCAGACACCUUUGUUACUUGUGCAUUAAUAGACAUGUAUGCUAAAUGCGGAUGCAUGGAACAAUCUCAAAACAUUUUUGACAGGGUAAGUGAGCAAGAUGAAGCAGUAUGGAAUGUUAUAAUUGCAGGAUACGGGAUUCAUGGUUAUGGACAGAAGGCUAUUGAGCUGUUCGAACUAAUGCAAAACAAAGGCUGCAAACCGGAUUCUUUUACAUUUAUAGGAGUGCUCAUGGCCUGUAACCAUGCUGGCUUAGUAACAGAAGGGUUAAAUUAUCUUGAUCAGAUGCAGAGUUUGUAUGGUGUAAAGCCAAGAUUAGAGCAUUAUGCAUGUGUGGUGGAUAUGCUUGGUCGUGCUGGACAACUGAAUGAAGCUUUGAAGCUUGUAAAUGAGAUGCCGGAUGAACCAGAUUCAGGGAUAUGGAGUUCAUUGCUCAGUUCCUGUAGGAAUUAUAGGGAUUUGGAUAUUGGAGAGGAAGUUUCCAAAAAGUUAUUAGAGUUGGAACCUCAUAAAGCUGAGAAUUAUGUAUUGCUAUCAAAUUUAUAUGCUGGAUUAGGAAAAUGGGAUGAGGUGAGAAAGGUACGACAGAGGAUGAAGGAGAUUGGCCUUCAUAAAGAUGCAGGGUGCAGUUGGAUUGAAAUAGGAGGAAAGGUUUAUAGAUUUCUAGUCGGUGACAGGUCACUUUUGGAAUUCAAAAAAAUUCAGCAGACUUGGAUUAAGUUGGAGAAAAAAAUAAGUAAAAUUGGAUAUAAACCAGACACAAGUUGCGUGCUUCAUGAUUUGGAAGAAGAGGAUAAGAUUAAGACACUGAGGAAUCAUAGCGAGAAGAUUGCAAUUUCUUUUGGUUUAUUAAAUACGACUAAAGGUACAACAUUAAGGGUUUGCAAAAAUCUUCGCAUAUGUGUAGACUGUCACAAUGCGAUGAAAUUAGUAUCGAAGGUUGUUGAAAGGGAUAUUCUUGUGAGGGACAACAAGCGCUUUCACCAUUUUAAAAGUGGAUUAUGUAUCUGUGGAGAUUACUGGUAGUUAGGGACUCUUAGUUUAUAGUGAUUAUAUUGCAUGAUUGAAGGACUUCAUUGAGGACCAAUGGAGUUCUGGAGAACUGCUACUGCUUAUAUUCCACAUUACUCAGUAGGUGCAGAGUCAAUUCUAUUCGAAUUUCAGGUUUAGUCUACCCAAAGACAAGACAAUCUCUGCAUAAUUUCUGACAAGAAAUGAGCAAUGCAGAUUAUAUUCCUAGUCUCUGACUUGUAAAGUAAUAUUUUUCAAUGUAAAUGAAAUAUAAUGUGAAAUAUAUUUUGAAGAGGAUUUCCUGGGAUAAAAAUUUAAACACAAUUUCAAAUGCAAAGACAUAGCUUACUACAAUUUAAAAUCCGAUAUGGAGUACAUUUUGUAUUUGUAAUAAAAGAGAAGUACAUAUUCGGAGGAAGGACGUGAAGUUAGAAUGUUUCCUUUCGAAGUGACUAGACAUUCAGGAUCUGUUGCAAAUUUUAGAUACUUUGUAAAGAUACAGUGGAAUGGAACUAAUCAUACCAAAACAGAUUUUAUUCUCACAUAUGUUUAUUUGGACAAUUCAAACUAAGCCACUCCACAGGCAACACAACUCUUAAGGCUCUGGUAUACCUAGAGGAGGGUCAUUUUGAAUACCCAGAUAUGCCAUUGC